AUGGCUCUGAGUCGAGCACUUGUGCAGCGACAAGGCCUUCCAUCUUUCUACAUUGACGAGGGAAACGACCCGCAAUCGAGAAGUGUUGCAGACAUUGCGUUCAAGGUGCCGGGAUGCUUGGAGGCCCUUGCAGAGUUGACGGAUUUCUCAUAUCUGGCUAUAGCGAGGCCGAUAAUUGACGAUGCUUUACAGCUACGAGAACAGCUGCACGGAUAUGGCCUUCACACAUGCAACGCCGUCGACGUAGUGAGUCUCGAGGAAUAUCCGAUCUUUCACACUUGGCUUGGAAACGAGCUCUCAGACAUCUUCCCCACGGUCUACAACUUCGCAAGCAUUGAAGACGCCGGGCUUCAUCAAAUCUACUGGAUGUGUCUUCUCGAACUGGACAGAGCCAUUCUCGAGGUUCUGGCCCUUCUUCCGGACAACAACGAUAACAUUACCCAGGGAUUCAAAUUUGGAGAACUGCGAGUGGAAAUGGAUGAGUGUGCUGAUUCCCUCUGUCAGAGUCUUCCAUUCCUCUCUUCGCCGCAAAUGAAGACUAUUGGACUGAUUGCGACGACAAAGCCGCUCUACUUUGCUAAGAGCAUUAUGAGCGCCGGGAACCGCCCGGGAACGCAGAGAGGAAGGUUGAGUAGUGUUGGCGAGUGGAUCGAAACGUUACUUUGGGAUACAGGUUUCGUAAUCUUGAAGACAUGGGAGUGGUCGACCGAGCCCGGGUUCAACCUGCCCAGCGACCAUCUUUGUCUCGAUUUAUGA